AUGGACACGGGGAGGGAGCUGGCGAAGCGUGUCGUUCAUAAUGGAAUAAAUCAAGAUACUACUACUAGUUUCACCGCCGGCGCAAACACAGUGGUCUCUGACCAGGACCAGGAACCAAUUCACAUUUGGAUCUUGACAUGUCGGUCGGGGUGGCUGGUGGUUUCGGGAUCCCGUAGAAAUGCGUCUUUUAUGCCUCGGGUAUUAGCCACAGCUUGUAUUCAUUCAGUAAUUCUUCCGCGUCUUCAUUCUUUUACCUCGCUUUUGAAUAUUUUGACUCUUCCAUGCUGUGUCUUAGGAACCUCUUCAAUACGGUCCGGAUUGCUAGCUCCCGUUCAUAGUUCUGCUACAGACGAUACACGAGGAAUAUUUUUAUGGCGGUUCUUCCUUUUUAUUACUGGCAUAUCUAUGAUUCUUUUUUACCAGAUGAAGCAGCAGGCAUCGGUCCAUAUAACCCAUAAAAAAGAGAUGGUUGUGGCGCGAAGUACUCUUGUGCACCUACUACACUCGGCUCCCGCCCCCUUAUGGUAUGGAAUCAUUUCGCCAGCUAACCACAGCAUCAAAGAAAAACACUGGGUUUUGAAGCGCCACCAAUGACGGAUUUCGUACCGUCCAUAGCGCUUCGGAAGUCACUCUUAGGCGUAGAGCAGUCCACAACGGAAGCCUAGCCUUUGAGCUCCAAUCUUAUUUAGAACUUCGGAAGAUGGUCAAGGUAGCUUGCUCUGCACUAGAUGCGCAUGUAGUCUAUAGGAGCAGUCUUGUCGGGAGCAAAGUAGCAACGCCAAGAAGGUUGCAAACGCUAGCAAGUAGUCCAGUAGCAAGAAAGCUAGCAGCAGCUUGGUCUUAAAGAAAGCUAGCAGCAGCUCUUGGUCUUACUGGCUUUGAAGCAAAAGAAGGAUCUGCUGAAGCAAAAGAAAGAAAAGUAGAUCUCGGUUAAUAUAGAUCGAGUUAUUGCCAAGUCCUGUCUUCGUAGAUGCUUUCGGCGGUAGCGAGUUCAAAAAGGGGCCGCUAGAGUUCCCAUUAUUACAAUAGAUGUUUUCAGCGGUCCAAUCAGUCAAUAUCUCGAGCAAGAAGCAAGCAGCACAGAAAGCAGAGUAGUCCAUCAGUCUAUGAGGUUUUCCAACAGCAACAAGAACAUAGGCAGGAGAGAUUCCAGUUCUUGUCAAAGGAUCAUUUCUUACCUAGUAGCGACCAAUUGCAAGAGGGCUAUGUUUUCACCCACAGAGCAACAGUCAAGCAUUCAAUCAUUCUGCUAAGAGUGGAGUAUGGCCACUACAAUUGAGUUCUGGUGAUUCAGAUGGCAUUACUCUGAACUAAAGACUUGCUCGUGGCAUUAAACUAAACACCUUCCUUCGCUUAGACCUUUUCGUUUCAUAUUUAUACGCUUAACUCCCUUUUGUGCUGUUAACCUUAUUCUUAUUACACAUUAGAUAGGUAGGUAGGUAGACGACACCAGUAUCUUUUUUCGCGUCUGCUUUCUCCGUCAGUUGGCAUUGAGUGCUAGACCACCUUUUCUGUUUACCCUUACUCUGAGUGGUUAGAGGAUUAGCUGCAACCCUAUUAUCUUCUACUGAGUGGUUAGAGGAUAAGGAGCCAACCUAUUCUCUUCUAUGAAUUACUACCUCUAUAUCAAUAAAGGAAAACUCCAAAUGACAAUCUAUUCUAUUGUCAUUCACAAAUUACUGAGUACGAAGGCACAUCUAGGCCGUCGGGUAGCUGCUCACCAUUUCAACAAAGUCUAUAUAUGUGGUUCUAGAAAUGGAAUUGCUAUUCUCGAUUCAGACAAGACACUGAUUUGUUUACGAAAUGCUUUGAAUUUCAUAGGAUCUCUCAUUCGUCAAAAAGGCCGUUCCUUCCUUUUAAAGACACAGAAUAAUCAUAUCUCAUAUAUAAUGGAAGAAAUGGCGAGCUGUAUCAAUGAUUCUCAAUGUCGGAUCGGGGCUUUUUUCACCCAUUCUUGUUCCAGUCCCACUAAAAUACGUUCGAGAAAGAAUAAGAUCAAUUUAGGUUCGAACCAACAACCUGAUUGUGUCGUUAUUCUGGAUCCAGAGAGAAAGUGUUCGGUCAUACAGGAAGCUGAUCGAUCACAAAUACCUAUAGCAUCCUUAGUGUUUUCUACGAUCCCUUUGAUAUCCUAUAAAAGAAUCACUUAUCCCAUUCCAGCGAAUGAUCCUAUACAGUUCAUAUAUCUAUUUUGUCAUUCGAUCACGAAAACAGUUAUUCUUGAACGGGGAAGAAUCGUUG